UUGUGCUGAGGAUAUGUUUCACAGAGCUCUGACCUUCUUCUCAUCAGGUUACGCCUGCUGCCUUGCUAAAAGACACUUUCCCUUUCCCCAGCCCGGCUCCACUGGUCACCUGGAGGGAGGGGUGUGUUUCUGUCAGUAUGUAUCUCAGCAGCUGAGUACAGAGCAAUGGGAAUAGCAGUGUGGACAAGUUUGUCUGUAGGUAGGCCUACUUUUUGAUGAAAACUCGCCUCAUCAGCAUGUCUGGACUCAUACGAGCCUCGAGAGUCAUUAAAGGCACAGUAACUUCAUUCAUGUUAGAAGCCCCUCAGACAUCAGAACGGACACUGUCCCUUUAAUGGACCUGAAAGCAGAACAAUUUUUUUUUUUUUUUUUUUUUUUUUUCGGCUUCCGAGUUUACUUUCGGUUCUUGAUCAUCAACACAGUGUGACCAGUCUUCAUUUUAUUUGCUUGAAUUUACUUUAUCAUGAACAGCUUUUUUCAUAGAUAAUGGAGCCAAUGAAUUCACCUGAAACAGCAGACAUUCAGUCAGAGCCUGCUGUCCCACUGCCUCCUUCUAUUAAUGUUCCUCCCCCACUGAGAGAUGGUGAGUGUUACCAUGUCUUCAUCAGCUACAGCAGCACUGACUACCAGUGGACCCACUCCGUCAUCAACCAGCUGGAGUCCUGCGGCCUGCAGGUCUGCUACCAUGAGCGGGACUUCACUCCCGGCCGCACCGUGUUGGAAAACAUGUCGGACUGCAUCCAGGAGAGCCAGAAGGUGCUGCUGGUCCUCAGCCCGGAGUUUGUGAGGAGCCGCUGGUGCCUCCUGGAGGCCAACAUGUCUUUGUUCAGAGACUGCUUGGAGAGGAAACCCAUCGUCCCAGUGCUGCUGGAGCCAGGAGUCUCUGUUCCUCUCCACCUCUGCCACCUCACCUACCUGGAGGCCAACGACCCCGACUUUGAGAGUAAGCUGCUAAAGGUGCUCUGCACCGCCAACCAGCAGCUUCAAGGGUCCACUGUGGUGCCUUUCCAGCCUCCCUCUAUCUACAACGGGAAGGUCCUGCAGCCUUUGAUUGCCGUCAACGAGGAGGGACUCAAUAAAUGGGAUUGUGGUCAGUUCAGUGACAUGGAGGUGCCGGACCAACUGCGCCUGAUAAUUGAGGACCAUGACAAGUACAGAAAAGCCGUGAGGAUGAUCAAUAGUGUCUAUCAAAAUAAAGUGUGGUUGCGGCAACUUUGGCUUAGAGUACUGAUCUACAUUACAGCCCGGCUCCACUGGUCACCUGGAGGGAGGGGUGUGUUUCUGUCAGUACGUCUCUCAGCAGCUGAGUACAGAGCAAUGGGAAUAACAUAACAUUAUGGGUCUGCAAUGAGUUACUCGGUGCAACUGGUGAUUCAACACAAACCAUUUUUCUUUGGAUUUCUUUUUCAAUGACCCCAAGUUUAUGUUUUGUUGUACCUUUGAUGUACACUUUUGAUGUAUUGUGAGUAUGAAUGUUAUGGAAUAAUAGACCCUACGAAGAGUAGCUUCUGUUUGAGACAGGCAGAAGAUAAUAGGGAUCUUAGUAUACAAACAAUCAAUAUUAUAUAAAGAUUACCAAGCAAACAAUUCCCCGUUCAUGGCAUAUCAUUUCCCAUACGUUUCUCUACAUCAAGUAGAGAUGCAAAACAGACGGGGAGAGAUUAAUUUGCAGUUUCCUAUUUUAUAUAAUUAUCCAUGACUCCUAAAGAUAGCAUGUGUUAUGGAUUUCUGUUGCUCAUCAUUGAUCAAUAAUCAAGUCACUAUAUGGCUUCAUGUGAUUAGUUAAUACUUAAUAGAUUAUCAAAUAAUGGAUGUUAAUUCACAAGUAGGUCAUACAUGAAUUAGCAUGCCAUUAAAUUAGCUGGAUCCAAGGAAAUGUUCAUUUGAUCAGCCUCUCUGAAAGCAGAACAGUACCUGUUCCCAUUGAAAUAUGGAGCAAUAAAAUCAAACUGUACGCCAAACAUCUGCAUGACCCAAUAGCAAUACAUCUAUAUGUCAAGCUAGGCAGUAGAACCAGUUGAACACACAUAAAUGUUUCUUUAUUUUAUCACAUUUGUUUGUUGCUGUUGAAAGAAUUGAAGUGUAGGAAGGAAGAGAACCAAGAAAACCGAAACCAUCUAGCAGGUGCAAAUAGACAGAUUAAGGGAGAAUGGACAGACCUGUUUAAGAUGAACAGAUGCACCCAUUGUAUGUACAGUAUGUACAAUGAGCGAAAAUAAAACACAUGAAGUGUUCAUCAUUACUUAAUCAUUACUCCACACAUGAGAUACUGACUUCUAUCCCCUCAAGUAAAGUCAAGCCGUGAUACUCAUUUGCAAAUUAUUACUUAAUGUUAAACAAAUACUGCAUGAUGACUCAGAUUAAAUCAACAUGCAUUAAGCUCUGUAUCCUUCCGUAUUGCACUCAUUUGGCACACAGAGACUUAACAAACAUUUAAACUAGAAAGCCAAUGUAUUUGCCUAUUUAGACAUGUAACAGUAACCAUUUAGAGAUUUGUGAAAGAUUGAU